AUGGGAAAAAUGCAGGCAGUGCAGGAGAAGCUCCGAUCUACUCCUCCCGAGCUCACAUCUACUCGUCCCAAGCUCAGAUCUACUCCUCCCAAGCUCACAUCUACUCCUCCCGAGCUCAGAUCUAUCCCCCCCGAGCUCAGAUCUACUCCUCCCAAGCUCACAUCUACUCCUCCCGAGCUCAGAUCUACUCCUCCCGAGCUCAGAUCUACUCCUCCCGAGCUCACAUCUACUCCUCCCGAGCUCAGAUCUACUCCUCCCGAGCUCAGAUCUACUCCUCCCGAGCUCACAUCUACUCCUCCCGAGCUUAGAUCUACUCCUCCCGAGCUCACAUCUAUUCCUCCCCAUCUGCAACUCCAGCGCCCAGAUCUGCAUUCCCCGCGCUCAGAUCUGCAACUCCAGCGCCCAGAUCUGCAUUCCCCGCGCUCAGAUCUGCAACUCCAGCGCCCAGAUCUGCACUCCCUGCGACCAGAUCUACUCCUCCCGCGCCUAGAUCUGAUCAUUCCGCGCCCAGAUCUGGAUUCCGCGCCACCAGAUCUCCUCCUCCCGCGCCCAGAUCUGAACAUUUCGCACCCAGAUCUGCACUCCGCGCGCCCAGAUCUGCACUCCGCCCACCCAGAUCUGCCCUCCGCACGUCCAGAUCUGCACUCCGCACGCCCAGAUCUGCCCUCCGCGCGCCCAGAUCUGCCCUCCGCGCGACCAGAUCUGCAUCUCCCGCGCUGA